UGCACGCGUCAUGUGGCGUCUUUGUGAAAGAUAUACCCCUGUAUGACUGAUGCUCUUCAACUUGACGGACUAUUCCGUAACGAAAAAAUAUCCCCUUUCUGGACAUACUCAUUCAGGGUGUAUGGGAGGUUGGAGGCUGAGGCCUAGCGAAGAAUGAGUCGCCGCGGUAGCAGGAGGAGGAACAGUCGGAGGAGGAAGAGCUCCACCACCAGUAAACAGAGUGCCUCUCAAUGCGUUUUUCAAAAACAAAACAAAAGUAACAGUGUGGUUUCCCAGGAUGACAUCACUGAGAAGGGAGAGAUUGAGUCAUUACGCAAAGAAAAUGUUUUGUCAGCCUCUGAUGAAGAGGGAAAAUACAGUGAGAUUCCAAGCAAAGAGAAAAAAGUCAGGCGAGACGGUCAUGGGGAGACCUCUCGAAACAAAAGGCCACCUAGCAUCGCAAAGCAAGGGGACGAAGACAGAGGGGUGAAAUUCACAACUUUGGUAACCAUUGACGAUUUGCAACCCUCAUCUUCAAAAAUCAUCUUUCAGCACUCUCACAUUGGCUCGAACGUGAAGUUUGAAAUUCAAGAAAUUCUACAGGUCGAGAACUCAGGGAUCAAGACAGUAUAUGUGUUCCAAAGUCAACAGGGGGCUACCGGAGAGCCUUGUGUCCAGAGUCAACGUGAGAAGAGACUCAGUCCAAAUAAUAACUUAAUUCAGCAGUCAUGGACUCUAAACCCAAAUGUAAACAUCACAGUGCAGAGUCAAAACAGGAAGCACAACUACGAAUUUAGCGUUCCAGAAAGCAGCAAGGAUGCAGGGGUCACAGCAAGACAUAGCAUUGCGUCAAGCUGCUGUGAUGAUCAUUUCACUUUUCACCGUUCGCCCAGCAACAAUGCCACCGACUUCACAUUGGCAGGUGGGUCCGCUAGCCCAUCCCCUUUGUCUGACUUCUGGAAAAGCACAGAUGCACUGUGUGACAUUCCCCCACCGCGUGAGUUUUCCGACUGUAAAUAUGACCCCCUGGCAGACCUUACCGAAGACAUAGCUUCCUGUCAGAUUGGAGCUUGUGGUACUAUGGACAAACAGCAAGGGGUGUUCAGUCCACCACCCUCCAUGAGGUACCAUAAAGACUCUGGCUGCCCCUACUCAUCCGAUGGUGAAGACAGUGCCCAUUUGGCAUCUUUCUUCGACAGCGUAUCAGAAUCAGACAACUACGAACCCAUGUUCAUGAGACCACCAUUGUCAGUGAGCAGGUCCAGUUACACCAAAGACUUCAUCAAAAACCACGAGAUGAAGACCCAGAUGCGUAACAAUAGCAUAGCUACUGUAGAAUGCAAAAGCUGCUCAUCGUCCAGUUAUCUACAAAAGCCGACGAAGAGGCGACGGACUUUCCCUGGAGUGAAAGAAGAACCAAGUCAAUUGCAGGAGGGCCUACCUUCGUGGGAGGGAAGGGAGUCCUUUUCGUCUGGCACCAUCUCCUCGUACAUUACGGAGUCUCUUCCGCUCCAAGCAGAGAGACUGAGCAGACUGACAGCAGACUACCAGGAAGACGAGAGGCUUUGUCCCUUUAGUGCAUUGAGUCGUAAAUCCUCCCGAAGCAGCUGCAGUUACAGACCCAGCUCCAGCAAUGCAAACAGCCACCUCGAGCCACAGCAACAACUGAUCAAUCCGUUAUACGCAUCUACGUCCGAGGAGACCUCAGAGGAGGUCUUCCAGUUACCAGAGCCAAGGCACCUACCAUGUGAAGACCGCAGACCCGACAUGGACUUUGGAGGGAAUGCAUUGGCGGACAUGGCUUUUGGAGUGGAGCAGAUCGAGGUGGCCGAGAGCGGCUUUGAUGAAGACAUGGGGGAAGUGGAGGACCUCAGCCUAGAUCCCACAAUGGAGGAGCUCACUCAGAGGGACAUGCUUAUUCAGGUCUGCCCUCCCUCCCCUCCCAAACUGUCAUCCCAAGAGAGUUCAGUUUCAGAUCUUCAAUCCGUGCGGCGAAGAGGAUCGGUCAUGGCCAUAACAACAGGAAGUACUGAGCAUAGGUUCCAGCAGAGUGACUCCAAACUAGCAGAGAGCGCAGCUCUGAAUAGUCCCCACUGGGACACCUUCAACAUAACCCCAGAGGCACCGUCUGUGUUCCCCAUCCUGGACAUGGAGAUGGACGUAGGAAUCGCAAGUGAAGCUACAGAGGAAGUUAGACUAACCCCUCAAAGGUCUCUUACUGUACGAGCUAGCAUCUCCAGCCCUGCUCUUUCACAGAUCGAGGAGGGGAAAGAAUAUCAUCCAAAAUACAAGAUUGUAGAGGAUUCAGGCAUGGAAAUUGCACCCAGUCCAGCUCAUGAAUCCCAAGACCAAGAGACAGAAAGCAAGCAGAAGCCCAAGCUAUAUCAGACAGAUUCUACAGCGGAAAAAGAAAGUGUGUCCAAAUCCUCCUUAGAGGUCAAGGACAGUGGCACCGAGCACUGGGCUAAGAGACGGAAUCUCUUCAAGGACAGCAAGCAGUGGAGCUCUACAGGAGGAAGCUCCAUAACCAGCAGCAUCAAUGAAGAGUCAGGAAUUUCAGAAGAGAGUCGUUCUGUUGACAUGGCAGCAAAGGACCUUGGAGAUAAGGGUUUCUACACAGAAACCUUCCACUGUGCGUCAUGGAUUUACAGUGGAGACGAAGUCAGUACGACUGCUGGGCCAGUCCCUCCUGGUCUCCAACCUCGAACUGUCACAAUUCGCGAGAGGACGGUCAAGAUUUGUAAAGGAAUGGGAGAGUACCCCUGGGGGUUCAGAAUACAGUUUUCCAAACCUAUUGUGGUCACAGAGGUCGACACAAAUGGAGCAGCCGAGGAGGCGGGGCUAAUGGUGGGAGAUUUCGUCAUGGCCGUGAAUGGGAUCGAUGUCACCAGUAUCCCCCACUCUGAGGCAGCUGACCUGGCAAGACAAGGCCCAGACAUCCUGACUCUGACCAUUGGUUCAGACAUCGGCCGAGGCCCCAACACCCCCAGACCCACCUGCCGGGGUUACCUCCAUAAACGCACCCAGUCUGGCCUGAUCAAGGGCUGGAGAAGGAGGUGGUUCGUGCUCAGACAUGACUGCUGCCUAUACUACUACAGACAUAAAAAGGAUGAGGGGAGGAAGAGAGCUCUGUCAUCUUUUAAACUAGAGGGGGCAGAUGUUGGAGGGGACCCCUCCCUGGGGAAACCCUUUGUGUUCAAGUGCAGCCCCCUGUCUUCCGACCGAGUGUACUACUUCUCCGCUACGUCCAACCUGGAGAUGAAAAGGUGGUUGGAUGCCAUGGACAGAGCUGUUCAUCCUGUUACACAGAAUCACGUGUGGGUGGAUGUGACUCGCCACAACGCCAGCCUUCCCCCGCUGGCGGUGAAGAACCCAGAGUGUCUGGGUUCUUCACGACAACAUGCCUCAUUCAAAUGA